AUGGUUGGAACAGAUCCCGAUGAAGAACAGAAGACUCUGACUGCUCUCAAUGGUGCCGUUUGCACCAAGCAGAUGAGUGGCAGGAGGCAACAGCAGCGAGAUGUUUUCCACGAGGUCUUGUACAACGAACUCCUGGCCGAUCGCAGCAGCAAAUGCCGAGGAGCCUCAAAGCCAGGCCGAUCGAGGCUGCUGCCGCCCAUCAAGAAGGAGAUCCAGGUGGCUCCCGUUCCCGAGCGCACACAGGAGCCUGAUGUCUCUACUCGAGGUGCAGUCAUUGCAGGCGGCGCCACACGCACGGCCGAGGAGGCAGCGAGGUCGGCUGCGCACGCUGGGGCCCUCCGGGCGUUGCACAUCCGGGCAGCGCUGCGGCGGGAGGCGGACGCCAAGCAAGCGCAGAUGGUGCAGGUCCAGCCACCACCGUCGGCAGAGCAGCACUGCACCGCGCGCCCGAGAGCGACGCCAACGGCGGAGCUGAUGCCGAUUCUCUUCUUGCACCUAAGCCUUUGGAUCAGCUUCCAGGAGCUGGCCAUGUGUGUCCUUUCUUGCUCCACCAUCUUCAAGUCUUCUGAAGAGAUUUGCCGCUGGUUCUUCCACCAGGCUGUUGGCGUCGGUGUUUUCGAGCAGCUGCGGAGCCGUGUUCUUUCGUGCGCCCAGACGGCCUCGCCGCUCCGCUGGUUGGCCUUUGCUUCGAAAAGCCUGGCGGCUAAAGCAGCCGCGCGACGCAAAGGCAUCGCUGCAGGCUUGCACCUCUCGGCACUCAAAGACGGAGGCGUCAUCUAUAGCUGGCGGAGGUCUGCCGCCCCGGUGCGGUCCCCGGUGCGGUGUGGGGCGGCCGUUCGCAUGGUGGCUUGUGGGGGCGAUCACAGUUUGCUACUCACGGUGUGCGGCGCCUGCUUGGCCUUCGGGAAGAAUGACAUGGGACAGCUCGGUUUGGGUCACACCGAGGAUGUGCCUUCACCGCAGAAAGUGGAGAUUCCAGAGGCCACCCUGCAGGCGGCCUGUGGCGCCGACCAUUCGCUGUUGCUCACCUCUUCGAGCGCGCUGUGGGCGACCGGGCGAGGCUCUGAAGGGCAGCUUGGAGCCGACGUUGACGAACGGGUCUUGAGCUUCUUCUGCAGUGUUCCAGCAGGUGCCGCGCAGGUCGCCUGUGGCGCCGAUCAUUCCGCCUUCUUGGACCCGCAAGGUCGAGCCUGGGCGUUUGGAGAGAACUCUCAAGGGCAACUGGGUUUGGGACAUUGUGAUCGUGUGGCCAAGCCUUGCGAGAUGUUCUUGCCCUGCUUGGCGGUGGACGUCGAUUGUGGCGGGACCCACACGCUGAUCUUGUCAGAGACCUCGGAGGUCUACGGCUGUGGCGGCAAUGCGAAGGGUCAACUGGGCCUUGGACCUGACCGAACGGUCCCUGAACUUUUGCUGAUGCCCGAGAGCUAUGCACCCAUCCGUGCCGAACGAUUCAGCUGUGGCUUCAGCCACUCGAUGAUCCUCCACCACGGAGAACUAUGGGUCCUCGGCCUGCAUUCCCGUCGUGUGUGGGAGCUCUCGAGGUCGCGCGUGCUGGAGCUGAGCAGUGGCGGUGAUGAAUGCCUUUGUGCCACCCAAGAGGCGAUCUUCAGUUUGAAUGUCAUGGGGGGAGCAGUGCAGCAAGUGGAUGUAGAGAUGGUGGAUGAGGAGGCAAGGACGAUCAAGGAGCGACUGCGGAGUCCGCUUCGACCGGUCCUUUGGGCGGCGCUGAUGGGCUUGGCCAGCCCCGCGUCCGUGGAGGAGGCGGUUCUACGGCUGCCCGAGUCGAAGGGGGGCCUCCAGGUCGAUGCGCUCGGCGGGUACUGCAUGAAGCUUCCGGGUCCCUUUCGUUCACCUCCGGUGAUGUCCGUGGCCGCUCAGGGACUGGGCGCUUGGACAAAGGAGCAGAUCUUGUGUCUCCAGGAUGCAGAUGUUCCAGAGGCCAGCUUUACCAUCAGCCCAUGGCCGAAGCGGUCGGAGGCCGAAGCGGGCGAGUUCGGCUUUGGCCCGGAGGUGGGCGUGAAUUUGCGCCCCAAGAUCGAGACCUCGGCGGUGUGGCCCUUGCAGGCCCAGACGCCGACCUUGGGCAUCCCCUUCCGGAGCCAGGCAGCACGACUUUUAGCUCUUCAGGCUACCUUGAGUCACCAGACCGUGGUGGAGUUGCCCCUGGUCGCUGCGCGCUUUCGCAAAAGCUGGGCGAUUGACGUGCGAGACGUGAACCGAAGUGUGAGCUGUGAACCUGAAGGCCAAGUAGGCGUUUGGCGGAUUGCCUGCCGCUUCGCCCGUGACGCGCCGGUGCAGUUGGUGGUCUUUUGCGGCCCCUGCGCAAGGAGCAGCGCCCGGAUGGAGAUUGUGCAAGGCAAGAAGCGCCAGGAGACCGAUGCGCCCUGGAUUGGGCUCACCGCAGAGGGCCCUUUGCAAUGGGUCAUCACGGUGAGAGAGACGGUGGACGAUCGGGAGAAGGUGCAGGAUUUCGUGAUCGCUGCUGUCAUGGGGGAUGAGGAGGUGCGCUGGGCAGAGUCCGGCGUGCAGCGGAACGUGCGGAUCUUCGGGAUGCUCUUGGCCCAGGCGACCCUCCUUACCGCUGUCGCGCUUGGUUUCGUCUCGGCACCCCAAACGUGGCCGGGCCUCAGCAGUGCUUCACUGGUGCUGCCCUACUUGGCCCUACUGGCGGUGCGUGAGGAUGCUCCGGUGCUGCUGCAGUCGGGCUUCACGUGGUGGCCCUUGAGCCAGUACCCCUUGCUGUUACUCAUGGAGGCCUUUGCGUUGAUGCUCAUCGUGGUGGUCUUCCACGGUCAUGCAGCGCUGCAGUUCCUCCAGGCCAAUGGUCCAGGCUCAGCCGAAGAGAUGCCUCACGGUUUGAGCUUCGGCGCGUGGGAACUGCGGGUGCUCAGCAUCGUCGCGGUGCCCGUGGGCUCGGCGGGACUGCGCAUCGCGCUGAGCGGCUUCUUCGCGAGCCGUGGGAGCAGUUUCUUCCACCACCUGUACGGCCUUUGUGGUUUGGGGCUCCUUCUUAGCUUGCUGGUCUUGCCUUGGAAAGUCCUUCAAAGGCUCAAGGACUUGUUCCAAGAGGGACGCAUCAUUGGUGUUCAACUCCAGGAGGGAACGAAGUACAUUGACCGGGUGUGUGAUCAGCUGUCCUCCAUCCCAGUAGCUCGACCUUCAAGGAUCCUAGGUUCCUGGAGUGAAUCGGCUAGCUGGCAACGGAGCGUGCCCGUCGCGAUGAUCGAAGAGCUGGAGCACCAUGGCAGUUGUAAGGAGCGGGGCGGCGAGCCUUGGCACCGACAUUGGUCAGCUGGGCCAUGGCAGCCCAGACUACCACACCAGCCCAGCACCUCUUCGGAGAUCCACCGGUCCACCAGCGGCUUGAGGUACCGGCCGAACUCGUUAGAUUCCAUGGUCAGUGCCGAGCCAUUGAUUGGGAAACAUGGCUGGAAGUCUCCGAAGGCGUGUACCGUGAGCCCCUUGCUGGCAGCGCAUCCCAUCUCCGUGACGACGCGCUUCUGCUUUGCCGAACGCUUGGGCUAUGCCGGGGUGUCUGGGCUCUCCUGGUUGGAUGCAGCAGUGCCUUCCAAGGAGUUGGCGCUCUUGGAGCAGUCCUUACCGCAGAUUUGCUUGCGCGUACAGGCCUGUCAGCUUUGUGGGCCCUUCACCGCCGGCCGCCUCUCCGCGUGCUUUGCCGCCGGGGAUCGAACCCCUUGGCGCUGGUCCUAUGACGUGCUUCUCAAGGCCUUCUUGGGGUGCCUCGUGACCUGGGCGCCAGAGGCGGUCGCUGGCAGGCCUGCCAUGCAAGUGGCUUGGGUGGCCACUAUGGUCCUCAUCGCCAUGAGCGUGCCUUACAGCUGGCCUUAUGUGCAUCUCAUCGACAAUCUCACGGCCUUCCUGGGGGCUUUGGCACUGCCAUGUGGCACUGCCUUCUACCUCUGGGGACACGAGUUGGACGCUGCGCAGUCUGCCAUGGUGGUCACGCUACUACUGGGGUAUUUGCCAGUCUUAGUCGCGCUGCUGGCCAUGGGUUUCUCCUUGAGACCUUCAGGCCACGAGAUGUCUCCGAUGGACGUCAAGGGCUGGGGCGAGUUGUCGGGCAACAGGCUUGGCUACGAGCGCCUAAGCUUGGAGGAGGAUAGCCCGGUGCAUGUGAAGCAGCGGCCAGAGGCGUUAGAUAUCCACCUGGCCGACGCGGUGCUUCUGCCACCGGAGAAGUCUGAGGCGCCUCGGGCACAUCUUCCUUGCGAGGUGAAGAUCCCCUUGAGGCCCAUGCACCUUUGGAUGAAAGGUGUCGUCCCGGUGAGUAGCUGUUUGGAUGAUCGUCAUCCACAGGUGGCCGUGCCAAUGGAGCUCCUCUUUGGCCUUGAAUCGCGGAACGAGCGAGACGUCCCGAGCCCUUGGGCUACAGUGUUGACGCCCAACAGUGGUUGGCUCCUCUACCGAGACCAGGAGAUGAAUGGCGGACUGAAGUGGCAGGAGGUGCUCCGAGAAGGUCUGCACUCGGCCCAGCCAGCCUUGCUGCGGGAAGCAGAACAGGUGCUCCAGGAGGAGCACGAGACUCUGACGGCCUUGGAGAUUUUGGAUUGA